GCAGCACUUGGAAGUUGACAUCUGGAACAAUGGUAUUUGUAAAGGCAGGCAUUUGGGGCCUUACAGUUGAGGCUGGCAAAGAGUAUUCGCAGAUUGUCGAUGAUUCCUUCUGCAUCACAAUGGCCGCGUUAGGCGCGCAACUUCCUAAAAACGGAGGUCGCACCUCAAUCUCUAUCAAAAUUCAUGACAAGGAAUUUGCCGUGUGCUCAUUGACUCCUGGAAAGAUUGAGCAGCAGGUCCUUGACUUGACUCUCCUUGAGGGCGAGGAAGUGACCAUCAAAGGCACUGGAAAUUGCCCUGUCGAUCUGACGGGUAACUACUUGGUUGACCCUUACGACGAAUCGGAUGACGAGGAUGACCUUUCAAUGGAAAUCGAUGGUGAGGACAUGGACUCUGAAGACGCUGAAGGCUGGGAAGACAUGGACGACGACGAGGAGGAUGAUGAUGAGGAAGACGAUGAUGAGGAGGAUGAGAUGGAUAUUGCUGCGCAGCUGGACGCCGCGUUGAAGAGCAAGCGGAAGCUCCCUGAGAUCCCGUCGAGCAAAACCACCAAAAAGGCCAAAAUUGUGGAGAUUGAAGAGCCAGCAGAGGCACCGGUAGCAAAGACCAACGGGACCCCUGCAAAGAAAGAUGCUAAAACGGACGCCAAAAAGGACACCCCCGCCAAGAAGGAGGCUCCUGCAAAGAACGCGUCUGCUAAAAAGGACGCCACCACCAAGAAGGAAACGCAGACCCCUAAACCUGAACCCACCAAAAAGGCCGAAACCCCCGUUUCUGCCAAAGCUGUCGCGAAGCAGCAGCAAAAGGAACAAACAGCUACGCCCAAGGAGCAAAAGGCUGAAAAGUCUGCUGAAAAGCCUGCAGAAACUCCCAAAUCUACAAAAAAGACGCUUGGGAAUGGACUGGUGGUGGAGGACGUUACUGUUGGGACUGGAACCAAGGCCAAGGCUGGAAAGAAGGUUGGCGUUCGUUACAUUGGACGCCUUGCAAACGGCAAAGUAUUUGAUAGCAACACCAAGGGGAGCCCAUUUAUUUUCCGCCUCGGGGCUGGAGAAGUAAUUCGUGGCUGGGAUCUUGGCGUCAAUGGGAUGAACAUUGGCGGAGUCCGCAAAUUGACUAUUCCUGCCAGUCUUGCCUACGGGUCUCGGGGUGCUCCGCCUGACAUUCCACCCAACGCAACGUUAGAGUUUGAAGUUAAACUGUUGGAAGUGCGCAAUAAAUAACGUGACCUAUGCACGUGCAUUAGGCAAAUGUGAUUGGAGGAAAUUUGUGUUGUGGAGUAAUAAACGGCCCUUGAAGCAAAAUUUUAAUUCUUGGCCGCUCGUUACCUGAUCUGUGGAUCUGAAACGCCCCGUGCCCCCCUUUUUGCUUCAGCGGCUUUUGGGAAAUGGAAGGAAUUUGCGGGGGGGCCAUUGGGAGGUGUGCUGACCAUCACCAUUUUUAUUAUUGGCAAGAAUUCUUGGCUUUAGGAUAUUUUGGGGGUUUUUUUUAUAAUGAUGCUUUGAGCAGAACUUCCCUUGACCACUUGGACUUUGGGGGGGAGGAAGAAGGAAUGGAACCCUAGAAUACGCAUUAUUAUUUACACUCCAACAUCAUCAUCAUCAUGUCCGCUUCCAUGCAUGCUGUCCACGACGGGUUUGCGGAGCGCAGCAGCAACCGCACGUCGCGGGACAUUGGCGGUUGGUUCCAAAAAAAGUGGGUGUCCGUCUUUCGCAAGGACAAGCCGACAACGAGGACGACGAGGACGAAUAUCACAAGAAAGAAUGUGCGCUCGUCUUUCACCGACUCGACGACACACGCGUUCGACUUUGGCAUUCCUCUGAACGAGGCUGGCCGCCAGGACCACGGCAGAGUCAAUGACUGCCGAAGAAUUUGCUCGAGCCGUGGGAAUUCAGAUUUUGGUCGCCAGCGACGCCGAGAGAGACUGAAACUUGCGAUACGAAGCAGCAGCAGUGUCACGUUU